AUAAUGACCCAACUUGGGGCAAAGAAACAAGAACAAUUCAGGAAAGCAAAGAAGGGAAAACAACACAGAAAGUUGUCUACAGUGAGACACUAACUUCAAGGCAUCAUGAAGACCCUGACUCUCCUCUCCAUCUGCACUCUUCUCUCAGUAUGCUGGUCCAUGGGAGCCGUAGAACCUGAAGUUGUUGUGGACCCGGCUGCUGACACAAAUCCUGAAGCUGCACCCUCGAACCCUGUGGCUACCACCCCCGAUUCCUCCUCCUCCUCAUUCGCUUCUUCAUCUUCCUCCGAGUCUGAUUCAGCCUCUUCCUCCGCAUCUGACUCUUCCUCAGACUCUUCAGCAUCUGAUUCUAACUCAAGCUCAGACUCGUCUGCCUCCUCCUCUGAAUCCUCUGAAUCCUCUUCCUCUGAGUCCUCUUCUUCUGAGUCCGAUUCCUCUGCCUCUGACUCCUCAGCAUCAGACUCUUCUGCCUCUGAAUCGUCCUCUUCAUCAUCCUCAUCAGAGUCAGUCAGUGCUGAAGCUUCUCAAGUGGUUAUGAAGAGAGAUCUGGCUGCUGUUCUCCUGAGAAGAAGAAGAGCUGCCACAGCAGGUGAUCUCACUCCUCUGCAGAAGGAAAGCCUGAGAGAGGUGUGUGAACUGAAUGAUGCCUGUGAUGAGAUGGCUGAGACUCAAGGCAUUGUUGCAGCAUAUACCGCCUACUACGGCCCUGUCCCUUUCUAAGUUAAAGAGUCACCUUUUGUCAAUGUGUGAACUGCUUGUUUAUUAUUUUUAUUUUUUUUUUGUCUUUUUUCCUUUCACUUUGUUGUAGAACAUCACACAACCUUCCCCAAAUCAGACAAAGAGCAGAAAUAAGAUGGCUGUGGAUCAUGUUAUGAUACGAGACAGAUUUUUUCUUUUCUUUACCACAAUAUGUGACCAGCUUUUGUGGUCACAUAAAAUGCCACGCUUCAGGCUUUCAGAAAGAGGCACAUGGAAAUACAAGCCUGUGAAGUAUGCAGUAGUCCACAAGUUUAAAUUAUUAUUGUUUCAUCUAUAGUAUAAAACAAUGAAUAGUGCUACAAGUAGAAAUGUAUUUUGUGUUGAUGUAGUGAUGUCUUUAUAUCAUGUCCUAGUUUUACUUUUACUUGUAGUUCUAAUGAGUACAUUUAAAACAGUACGGUAGUUUUAGAAGUAAUGUACUGUACAGUAUGUGUCAUAUGCACGUCAUUUAUCUGUAAUGGUUGUAACCACAAAUUGCCUUGUUUGAAAGUAAUAAAUUAUUUUGUUUUGUUGAA